AUGGUUUUAUCAAUUACUGAGAAGUCAUAUCUGAUUGACUCUCUCUCCUGUAAUCCUCCGAUAAGACCAGAUGGCCGGUCUUCUAACCAGUUUAGGCCCAUUGAAAUAUCAACUGAAUUUUUAUCUAGCUCUAAUGGUUCAUCACGUAUUAUAUUAAGCGAUGGGAGCGAAUGCAUUGUCAGUGUUAAGUCAAAAGUAGUUGACUUUAAUCUUGACCCCGAAUUGGUGGUUGUUGAUGUUGAUAUUGCUGGACAUAGGGACGACUCGGUGUUUGUUCGCAGUAUUGUAUCGAUGUUGAACAAUUUAAUCCUAAGAGAUUUCAAUAUGGAAAAGUUGCAUCUAACCAAAAGAUAUGGUUUUAAGCUAUUUGUAGACGUACUUGUGUUGUGCAGCAGCUCUUAUCCUCUUACUCCUAUUUCACUCGCAAUUUAUUCUGCAUUAAAUUCUACGUACCUGCCCAAAUUGGUGUCUAAUAAGGACGAUUUACAGAUAGACGAGCUGCCCAUGUUCCACGAUUUUGACUUUGAAAAGCUCCAAGUUGAUGUACCGUUGCUUUUUACAGUGGCAGUUAUUGAUGAUGUUGUGGUAGUCGACCCCUCUAGCAUGGAAGAUGAAGUUGCUUGUAAUGGUUUGGUUAUCACGUGGAGUAAUGGUACAGUAUGUGCACCAAUCAGAAGCAUAGGGUUGAACGAGGAUUAUUCAAGUGGUUUUGACGUAAAACACAUAAUGAUGGCUAUUGAUGUAAUAAAAGAAUGUGCCCCAAAGGUUGUAAAGGCAUUAAAUGCUGUGUAA